UUCGCUUUCUCGUUCUCUGCUUGAAAUAAAAAUCAUUGCUAGCUAGCAGUGACCGUGUACGAUUUAGACCAACAAUGUGGGGAAACAGAGAUACCAUAAUAAUUAUUUGUGUACUUUUGUCCUGCACUUUCAUUUUCUUGGAUGCUGCGGAAUUGCAACAACACAAGCCAAUUAACAAAAAUGACACCCGAAAUGGAAUUUGUACACUUGAAGUACCAACCCAGGACCUUUUAAGCCCUGAGGACAGACAUGGGGCCAAUCUUCAUGGAAAUGGGUCGAGACCAGGCUUCAGUAAAAUAGAAAUAUGCUGCUCUGGUUAUGAGAAGGUGCCCCACAGUUACUACAAAUGUGAACCAAUUUGCGAAGGUGGAUGUAUAAACGGAAACUGUACAGCUCCAAACGUUUGUGAGUGCAAAAGAGGUUAUAUUAAAAUCAACAGUACCUGCAUCCCUACGUGCCCAUUUGGAUGCCUCAAUGGAAUUUGCACAAACUCAGGUAUGUGCUCCUGCAAUGCUGGUUACCAACAGAGUGCUGAUCGUAAAUACUGUACUCCUCAUUGCACUGGGGGAUGUGGAACUGGAGGUACAUGUACCGGACCAGAAACUUGUACAUGUUCCAAAGGAUUUGCUGUGAACAAGGACACAAGGAAAUGCGAAUAUCACUGCGAAGGUGGCUGCGGACAGGGAACUUGUAUAGGACCAAACACUUGUUCCUGUAAAGUGGGAUAUAAGCUACUACAAAACGGUUGUGUCCCGGAUUGUCCUAAAGGUUGCCUAAAUGGAGAGUGUACUGCUCCAAAUAGGUGUUCUUGUAAACCUGGAUGGAACCUAGAUGCAGCAACUAAUUCUAUUUGUACUCCCCACUGUACACAGACUUGUCUAAAUGCUGACUGCGUUGCUCCCAAUACAUGUGCUUGUAAAAAAGGUUAUGUGCAAUCUCCUGGCCCCGAGGGACUUUACAAGUGCGUUGCCUUCUGUCCAAAUGGUUGUCCAAAUGGAGUUUGUUCUGCUCCAAACUUUUGUAUUUGUAAUCCCGGAUUCAUUAAAGAAUUUAAAGGAAGCAAUGUAUGUAUUAGGAGAUUCCGCAGAUCUAUCAUGCAUUUUGAAUUGAUUCCCGAGGAAAUAUUGGAAGGCCAAUAAAAAAUGUAAUUUGUCUAUAAUAUUUCUUACAUAUCUCUUAGUAGGUAAAUGAUAAUGUACUUUUAAUAAUCAGUUUAAAAUUGUAUACUUAAAUUUGAUAUCAGUGUUGAAUAUUGCAAUUAUGUAUAUUUGUAACAAAAAAAAAAUUCAAAAAAUAUUGUUCUUUAAAAAUAUAUGAAUAUA